AAGAGACAGUCUAUAAUAAUAUCUUUCUAUCUCCCCUUUUUCCUUUUUCUUGAUUUGGUAAAGUUUUAAGUGAAAAUUUCCACACUUUUCCUAGCUUGCUAUCCUUGAUUGAUGCCAGCAGCAGCAGCUGCAGCUGGAAGAAUGUUGCAGACUACUCUCAUCGGAAACCAUUUUCCAGAUAUGGAGUGGAAUACAAAGUGGGACUGGGAGAACCUUGAUAUUUAUGGUUCAAAAGGGGUUGCCAUAGCAGGUCCCAAGAAACUGCAAUCAUCAGAUUGGGAAAUAGAUGAGAAGGAAGACAUUACUGAAUCUUUUAAUGCGUCGGGUAUUGUUGAAUACAAUUCGUCAGCAAAGAGCUCGGUAUCGGCUUCAACUGACUCUUCAUUCAAAGAUAGCAUCAAAGUGUCAAGUUUUCCUUUCGAAGGAUCUAGAAGUUUCAAUGACGAGUAUAGCAAGAACACUGAGUUUGCAGGUUGUGAGCUAAAUGGAAGUUCUCCAUCAUUGGAGGCUUCUGUUUGCUCUUCUGAUCAAUCCAUCGGGUUAAAACUUGGUAAAAGAACAUACUUUGAGAACAGUUUUGCUAAGAACACUACUAAAACAUGUUCUUCCCCUAAUGUUCAUGUAUCGGUGGUGAAAAAAGUUAAAUUAUCACACCAGGGUACUCAUAUUUCACGAUGUCAGGUUGAGGGAUGCAACCUUGAUCUCUCAUCCGCUAAAGAUUACCAUCGUAAACAUAGAGUGUGCGAAACUCAUUCAAAAUCCUUAAAAGUUGUUGUGGCUGGUCUUGACCGGCGGUUCUGCCAACAGUGUAGCCGAUUUCAUGGUUUGACCGAGUUUGAUGGGAAGAAGCGGAGCUGUCGCCGGCGGCUUUCUGAUCACAAUGCUCGCCGCCGUAAGCCACAGCGGGAAACAAUUCAGUUUAACUCAAGAUGUCUGUCUUCGCCAUAUUAUGAUGGACAACAACAAUUGAGUUUCGCGUACAAUACUCCUCAAGUAACAACUAAACCUGCUGUGAGUGCUAUUUGGGAAAGCACAGUUAGCUCCAAACAGUUGGCACCAACAGUGAAAGCUGAACCUGGAUAUAUUCAAUUUUCAAAUGCCACCAGCAUUCCUGCUCUUUCUUUCAAUAGGAUUGUGCCAUCCAAGGGCACUGCAGCCGGCGUAUUUGAUCAAGGUUCCAAUGCAGAAGCUCUUGAUCUUCGUCGUGCUCUCUCUCUUCUGUCAAAAAAUUCAUGGGAUUCAUGUGAUUCAGAUUUCAGUGGCCUUGACCCUCCCAUGCAUACAAAUGGUCCCGACAUGGUUCAACAUGGGAUGCAUUCGGCUCUCCACAGUUUGCCACUUCCUUCACCUGAUUACUGGCAGGUUAGCCACCAGCCUGUUGAUCCUCGCAUUCACUCCACUCAUUUCCUAGAAUCUCAUGCUCUCAAAGUACCCUUUGGAAUUCAACACGUCAAUCCAAUGGAUGAAUUCUUGAAGCCCUUGUGACUUGCAAAAAUGACAAGAUAAAUCUUUAUAUUUUUAUUCUGUUUUUGUUGGGGAGUAUAAAGACAUAGCGUUUGUUCUCAGAGUUCUUGGUCUAUAAGUUAUAACUUUUUAGGUGAUAAGGUUGAGUAAAUGUGCUUGUUUGUUAUGACACUCACAAGUCACAACCAUUGACUUUAUGAUUAA